AUGUUACUGAAAUUUGCAGAAGUGCAGACAGAUUUUCAGUUUUCAUUGAAAGAAAACCAGCAGUUGGAACAAAAAAAUCAAGCAAUGCAACUAGAAUGGAAAACAACAAUAGAAAUUGCCAACACAUACUCCGUGCCCGAGGAGAACGUAGGAGCUAACGAUGAGCACAUGUAUUUACCUUUUGUACAAGGUCAACAAUCGGAAUCAGACGCUGCGAAAAUUGACUCGGGUGAGCUCAAUCAUGUAAAUAAUAUGGCACAAUUGAAGAAUUUAAUGGAAAAAAUAACUUGGACUGAUUCAGAGACCUGUGAUACUACACUCACUUUGGAUGGUCAAAAAAAUGAGAAAUCAUUUCUAUUAGCAGAAACGAAUACUUAUUUUUCGAGUGCAUCACCACAACAACGUGACACUGGACAAGUGGUGAGGACAGAAGACAAUGACUACAUAACUUCGAUACAACCAGAAUAUGUGGAUGUUUCUUACCCAGCAAGCACAAGUGAUAGCGAUGAAAAUCUUCCUAGCAUACCGCUGUCUACAAACAAUAGAUAUGAUGAUGGCAACGGCAAUGUUGAAAACAUCGCUAUCCGUUCACCAAUCCCCGUCUUAUGUAAUCUUUCAUUAAGGUGUGCUUACAUUGAUUUUGACGGGUUCCAGGUUCACAUUGACGACUUUAAUGAUCUUCGACGUUACAGCAAUAGCGAAAAACUUCAACACACAGAACAGGACGAUGAGUACAUAACUCCUAUAGACAAUGACAAUGAGUACAUAACUCCUAUAGACAUCGAUAUGGAUUGUCUGCCCUUGACGCAGGAUGAGAAGGAGGAUGAGGAUGAGGAGGAGAAGGAACAAGAGGAGGAUGAGGAGAAGGAUGAGGAGGAUGCGGAUGAUGAUGAUGAUAAUGAGGAUGAUGAGGAUUAA